GUUCACCGCUUCGUCUAAACUCGGGGAGUUUCUCCAACUCUGAGGAAAGCUGACGAAGUUUUACAGGCGUUAAAACCUAACACAUGCGAGCCGAGAGAAAUAAAGGGAGUCGCUGUCCACAAUAAUACAUCCGCCUUUUUUUUUUUGUUUUUGUUUUUUUUGUUUUUUUGAACAGGCGGUCUCAAAGUUAAGGCAGUGCCUGAGUUCACCCAGUGUUCAGGCGGUAUCUAACGAGGGGACAGCAGCAGAGAUGCCCUGUGAAACACGGCGGAGCUGUUCUGCGGGUGUUUGAAAAAAAGAGAGAGGACCUAAACAUGAUGUUCACCGAAGCUGAUAGCUGACACUGUAGAAUGAGAGAGGAUGGAACAGACAGACAACCCUGCCUCAGAGAGCAACAACCCCAAUGGGUUUGUCAACCGAGUGUUCAAUGUUUCUCUGGAUGUGGAGAACGAGACGGGGAGUAUUUGUAUUCAGGAGAUGGGGCCGGGGCCUUUGGAGGUGCAAAUAGAGAGCCAAGCUGCCCCCUCUCAAACCCCUGUCAAGGACAGACAGGAGGUCAACCGGAGGCCCCGUGCCACGGGGGGCAUCUGGCGCAUCUUAAAUCGAAAGAGAGCUGUCUCAGAGCUGGAAAGGAGACCCCAGUCCAUGAUCCUGCCCGGGGAGGCUUCCAUCCCUAAACUCUCAUUUGCAGACAAAGUUCGGUCUUUUAAGAAGCUAAAAUCCCCCGCUGUGUUCAGAGGAAAAACAGGGAAGUUGUCCACUGCCAAGUUCACUAGCUCCUUUGUGGAUGAGGAGUCUUUCUGCCCCGACAUUGGCACUCCUCAGCAGACCAGCAAAGGCAGCCUUCGAAACAGAGGAAAGAGGCAUUCAUAUGCUGGCUAUACGGUAGACUUUGACUGUUCGUUUGAAGACCUUGACCUCUCUGUGCCAAUAGAUGGCCAACAGCCCACUGUUACAGGAGUGGCCGUCGUCCAGAAUGGCUGUAAACCUUCUGAAAGAGUCUCCUACACUAAAAGAAGCAACAACAACUCCAACAGCUGCAACAAAAUCAGUGCAGACUGUGAGGAGCCCUGCAUUAGAAGUAGCCCUAGAACCCACCGUAGUGGAGGGAGGAGACAAAAAGAUGUGUGGAGUUACCUGAGGAGGAUUUCCCUCUUAGGGAAGAGCAAUCCUGUGUACUCAGAGAGAAGCUUUGAUUCUGAACUUCCCUCGCUGGACAAAACCAUGGACUCAGACUUUGGAUCUGUAGACUUUGAGAGUGUCAGAGACUUUCAGCCACCACCUCGGAAACCCUCAGACUCUAAGGGACACUUUGGUAGUCUCUUUAAGUUUUUCAACAGCGUAGCAGAAUCUGCCAGAAAAUGGCGGACAACGUCACGGUCCUUCUCUCCUCCAGAGGAAGAGAGGACUCCAAUGGCCUCCCCGCAGGCCCCACAGCGCUCAGUGGACAACAUUCACAGUGUUUCUCUGACACUCCACAAUGAAGGAUCUUUAAAACCCCAACCAACAGAGUCGUCGCCACUUACUGCUAAAUCGUCACGUCCCAGUAGCUUUAACAGUGAGACUCCAGCACCCACAGCUGGCGGACAAUCCCCAAAGGUUGCCCUGAAAGCCUUUGAAGCUUCUUCAGUAUCUCAAGCUGUUAAUGGUCUUCAGAACUUAGACAAAGUGACAAACCACCAAUCCACGGCUAUUGUAGAGAAUCAUAUUGAGGAUUCGAGUUUAAACACAGAGGCCGAAGCUAACGCUGAGAGGGAUCAAUUGAAAUGUCUCUGUCAAGAGGAAAAGGUAGAGGGACAGAAAGGAAAUGAGCAGGAUUCCAGGGAUGCUCUGCUGGACUCCCACCAAGAGCAGGAAGUGAAUGUCCAAUCACAACAAGGUGAUAAAGAGAGCACAACCAAUAGCGUAACAGUCUCAGAUUCUACCGAAGAAAUUUUUAAGCUGUGUGAGCAGAUUGCCAGCAAGACGGGUUGCAGUUUGAGGCAGCCCGGACAAGCCUUGCCCCAGACUAGCACAGAGAAGACCUCUGUGCCUCACAGGCGCUUGCUCCACCGUCCUCGACCAUCCUCGGCUGUACUGGACCUGUGGAGACCCAACCCAGAACAAGAGCUCUACACCCAUUAUAGUGAGGUCGGCUCCCUACCUCGGCUGAGACGCAGGCCUGCUGCCACCGUACUACACUCCCCAGGGCAAAGACGGAUGGCUGCACGCUCCAGGCCUUGUUCUGUCAUAGAGAGCAGUUUUACUAGAGAGACACAGUCAACGGAGCUGCCUCACAGAGCCUUGUCUCGCCCUCCGGGAGUGUCACCACUAGAGCCCCCACAAAGGGCAUCUCUGCUGCGGUGUCGCUCCCUGCCUCUUCCACCCAGCACUCUUACUGCCUUGGCUUUGCUCCUGCCUACAUCAGUGGACAUGGGUCAGUCGUCAUCGUCAGUGCGCCUGAGGUCUGGAGGCUCCACCAGCUGCAGGAGGAAGAGGCUGUUAAGACCUGGGUCAGAACCACUUCAGGUCAACAUAUUGAUAAGUGGAGGUUCGGUUGUCAACGCUGAGGCGGUAUGGGACCAUGUGACCAUGGCGGAUCGGGAGCUGGCGUUUAAGGCCGGCGAUGUCAUAAAGGUGCUGGAUGCCUCCAACAAGGACUGGUGGUGGGGCCAGAUUGAUGAGGAGGAAGGAUGGUUCCCUGCCAGCUUUGUACGGGUGGAACCCCACCCUCCUCAGCCCCAAACAAAACAGGUUUUCUAUAUCAACCCCAUAGCAACUCCACGGUUCCAAAACACCACGUCAAAGCUGUGGGUGAACCAGGAGGACGGUGCAGCAGAGCUGGCCGAGGGGACCAGCGAGGUGCAGAACGGGCACCUGGAUCCCACCAAUGACUGCCUGUGUCUGGGCUCACCCCUUCAAAACAGAGACCAAAUGAGGGCUAACGUCAUCAAUGAGAUCAUGAGCACAGAGAGACACUACAUUAAACACCUCAAGGACAUCUGUGAGGGUUACUUGCGCCAGUGUAGGAAGCGUGUGGACAUGUUUAAUGACGACCAGCUGAAGGUCAUUUUUGGAAACAUCGAGGACAUCUACCGCUUUCAGAUGGGCUUUGUUAGAGAUCUGGAGAAGCAGUACAACACAGAGGAACCGCACCUCUCCGAAAUCGGACCGUGCUUUUUAGAACAUCAAGAUGGAUUCUGGAUCUAUUCAGAAUACUGCAACAACCACUUGGAUGCCUGUAUGGAGUUAAGCAAACUGAUGAGGGAUGGCAGGUAUCAGCACUUCUUCGAGGCUUGUCGCCUCCUCCAGCAAAUGAUUGACAUCGCUAUAGACGGCUUCUUGCUUACCCCUGUCCAGAAAAUCUGCAAAUAUCCCCUACAGUUGGCCGAACUUCUGAAAUAUACUGCACAAGACCACAGCGACUAUCGAUACGUGGCAGCUGCCUUGGCCGUAAUGCGAAACGUCACUCAGCAGAUCAAUGAGAGGAAAAGGAGGCUGGAGAACAUCGACAAGAUCGCCCAGUGGCAAGCCUCAGUUCUCGACUGGGAGGGAGAUGAUAUCUUAGACAGGAGCUCUGAGCUUAUCUACACCGGGGAGUUGUCAUGGAUCUAUCAGCCGUAUGGACGCAGCCAGCAGCGGGUCUUCUUCCUCUUUGAUCACCAGCUGGUGCUCUGUAAGAAGGACCUGAUACGUCGGGACAUCCUGUACUACAAGGGCCGCAUCGACAUGGAUCGCUAUGAAGUCCGGGAUGCUAUAGACGGCCGGGACGACGACUUUAAUGUCAGCGUUAAGAAUGCUUUCAAAUUGUUCAACAAAGACAGCGAGGAGAUCCACAUCUUCCUGGCCAAAAAGCCAGAAGAGAAGAUCCGCUGGCUCAGGGCCUUCCAUGAAGAGAGGAAGAUGGUACUAGAGGACGAGAAAAUUGGUUUCGAGAUCUCUGAGUACCAGAAGCGACAGGCAGCCAUGACAGUGAGAAAGGUGACCAAACAGAAAGGUGUAAACAGGUGCACGCCCCCCUCAUACCCGCCCCCACAGGACCCCCUCAGCACGGGGCAGUAUGAGGUAACGGAGGACAUGGCACAAGGAGAGGUUUUUGAAUUCAGUCAAUCCAAAAGAGGCCAGGGGCCUUUCUGGCAGAAUUUUAGUAGAUUAGCUCCAUUUAAGAAAUAGAGGAACCUAGACUCUUCUGAAGGACCAGCUAUUUUUCUUAGAAGCACUAAACACUGGAUGAUAACAUCCCAUGAUGAAGAAAAUACAAAAACCACAAAUACACAAGAGACUUUGAAGUUAAGGACCAAUGUUAUUAUAUCAUUUGAUCGGAAACACCAAGAGGACUUUGAGACUUGAAUUUAAAAAUUGAGAAAAAAUACACCUUUACAACAAUUCUUAUUUGUUAGUAACGUUCUUAGUCAUCAAGUUUCUCCAGCUGACUCUGCUGUCACAAACUAUUUCCCUCAGAUUCUGCACAUUCACACCUUCUGAAUGUUCUGGAGUUCUUGCGAUUACUAAAUGAUUUCAUUUUGAAUCCAUCAUCAUCAUCAUCUGGAAAAAGCAACCCUGCAAGGUUAAGCUGGGUCGGUCCUCGUGUGAAUGAGAUCUCGCUGUGCUGCGAUCCUUCUGAAUGGGAGUUCGAUUGAUAACAUGGGAAUCUGGUGUGUUCAGGACCUGCCCAGCUCAAUAAUCCCAGACGGAUCAGGCUGUCUCUGCUCCACUGAUGCCUGCAUCUGAAAACCAUCCAUAUUCAUAUCUCUCUCUAACAGUGUUCUUAUGAUAGACCCUCUUCAUUUUUUUAUGUCUGGCUUCAAGUCUUCCCUCCCUACUCCUCUUGUCCUCUCUAUCUCUCUAUCCACCUGCUCAGCUUCUGUGAGUCAGUGGUUCUCGGAGGAAGAGUUUCAUUCUUUUGGAAACCUGCCAUUGGCCAUGAUAUGACAGGUCAGGGAACAAAUCAAUAGUCGGAACAUCAAUAGAAUAUUUACAUCCUCCCGCCAACUGCUCGUGACAGGGUAUUCACAUCGACUCACACUGAUGCUCAGCGCAUCCCGCUCAGAUGAGCCGUCUGGGAGCGGGAGAUAGGCAGAUUAUGGUCCACCUGCCUUGCGUCACAGCCCCCCACUACCACUACCACUACUCUCCCCAGAGACCACCCCUGUAGCACUGUGCUGGCAGCUUACUGGGUGUUUGGAAAGAGCACAGCCUACCUCCAGAAAUGAGCAGUAAAAGUCAAGUUGAUGCAUCAGCCAAGGUCCAAAAAUCUGUUUCUGACAUCUUGCUCUAAAGGAAAAAAACGGACUUCUUGAGUUGAUUUUGUAGUGUAAAAUAUAUCCAGUCUGAGUUCUUCUGCUCUUAUUUGAAUACAAGGGAUACAAAUAUGCAAUGCUGCAGUGUGGAAAAUUAGUGGGAAUCCCAACCAGCCUACUGGUUAAGGACAUUUGGGUCUGUUCUGAUUUAAAAAAGAUCUGAUACCAUGAGGAGGGAAAAGGAAAGGUGUAUUUAAUCUGUAGCAUGCACCGUCCCUCCCGACAGAUUCAUUAAUCUCUUAACACUUCAAAUUUUGCUUCGCCCCCACCACUGCGCCUCUCUUCUCACGCCCUUCGUCACGUCGCCCUACGGAUCUGAUCCGUGUUCUGGCAGUUAGCUCCGGCAUCCCUAGUGAUUUACAAAGGAUCGAGGCCUGAUCAGAUUGAUUUGUUUAAUCAACAAAGUCCCUGCGGCUGGUUUUGGGAGAGAGAUCCUCGUCGCAAAGUCCUGGAGGAUCUAAAGAUCCUCCAGAUAAGGGAGGAUCUGAGGAGGGGAAAAAAAACAUCGACUCUCAUCAUGAAGGCAUAAUUCUACUCUUGGAAUGUAAGGCAACCAUCUGUCCAUACUAUGUGAUCAUGUUUUGACGUCAGAAGUACAUUUUUGUUUUGAAUUAUAUCACCCAAUGGACAGUGCAUAUACAGUAUGACAAUUGUGCAAUGUGAUAUAUCAUUAUAUAUCUUCACUACUCACUACAGUGUGCUAUGAAAGAGAUAAAUAUCGUUCUAUGUCAUUUUGUUUGCCUUCUUAUGGGCCUUAUAACCUAUCAGACACAAGACCUUAGACUUGCUUUGUAUGUUGUGUAAUUUAUGUUCCGUUUCAGUAAAGGAAGUUGAGAAAUGGG